CCUCGAUCCUCGUCAACUUAACUAGACUGCGCGGCCUUGCGGCCUCGUCAAGGCCCACAUCUCUCUCCCACCAUGGGCGCAGCAAAGACGGCGUGUCUCCCUUGUCGCAAGGUCAAGCUCAAAUGCUAUCGCCUCGACCAGGGUCCGAGCUGUAUCCGGUGUAUGGACAACGAUCUGGCGUGUGAGGUCGUACCACGGAGGCUGGGACGCCAGCCGGGAUCCAAAAACCGGCCAAAGGUGUCAACGUCUUCGUCUCCUCCGCAACGGAUAGACGCGAUACCCCGAGGUGCUGUGCAAAGAGGUGCUGUGCGCCAAGGUACGGCGCCAUACCCCUCCCGGCUGUCCACGUUGGCUCCCCGUACCGCGGACCACGCGACGCCAGGCUCGGACACGACGGACCCAGUGGAGGGCGGGGGUGAUGGCCCUGGGACGUCAUUCGGCCUGCUCAACGUGCUCGCCAGCGUCGCCAACGACCAGUCAAAGACUGCUACCAUGCCAACCCCACCGGGGCCAACGUCUCAGCCGUUUGACCGUGCGUCAUUUCUUGCCGAGUUCCGCACCGCGGCCAACUCGCUGGACCCCGACCCGUAUGGCGGCGUCGCUGUGCUUGAGGAGGGAUUGGGCGAGCUGUACAAGUGCGAGCCAUUCGACUGCUCAGGCGGGGACGUUGUCAACGCCCGCAUCGACCAGCCGCGACUCGACGUCGGGGAGGGGUACGAUGUUGUCUCGUCGGGCAUCGUGACCGAGGACGAAGUUCAGAGUCUCAUGGCCAUCUACUGGGAUCGGAUCGAGCCCGUCGGGCGCGUCCUCGAUCCCACGAUUCACACCAUCGAGUUCAUCACGGCCAAGUCGGCGACACUGAUGUCCGUCGUGCUCAUGAUCACGGCACAGAGUCUACCGGUGUCGGAACAUGCCAACUCGCUCGUGUCCCGCCUCGACGCACACGUCGAGCACUUGCUGGCGCAGACGGAUCGGCACGGGUUCCAGUCGAUCGAGAUUUGCCAGGCCCUUACCCUCCUGUGCCUUUUCAUUGGGGGCCAUCAGCUCAACCGCACAUGGGGUUUGACUGCCAAGUCCAUCGCCAUGGCCAUUGAGCUCAGGCUGGACGCCUCUCCCCCACCAGUCUGGGCGCUCGCUUCGUCGCCGCAUCACCAGGCAACGCCAGCCGCCCUCCAGCGCAACGUCGAGCGAUUGUGGAUACUGCUUGUGGAUUGGGACCGGGCGUGCGCGUUCAUUCGAGCCCGCCGGCCGAUGAUACACGACCCGCCGAAUGUCAUUCCAGCUAGGCUCGUCGAGUGGUGCCGUAGCCCCGAGGCAAUACCCUCGGACCCAGCAACGGCGGGGACUUGUUCUUUGCUCCAGGUCGUGCUGCGGCUGCAAUUCGACGCCAAGCGGCAGCUGGUCCAGCUACCAUCAGGCUCAGAGUUUGCGUUUGAAUCCCACCACUCCGCCAUCAACGCCGCGCUCGACUCAUGGCAAGACACGUGGUUCCCGCUCUUGCCCGUGGAGGACCAGCACAGAGUCGCCUUGGACAUCGAGUGCAUGCGCCUCGUGCUACUCAUGAUGCCGUUCGAGUAUGGGCAGGCGAAGGGAUGGCCAACACCCGCGACGGCAUCAGGGCGAGAUGCCUGCCUCAGCACUGCUCUCAACAUUCUCACGAGGGCUAUGCCAAUCUUUGCCGGGAGCGACCCAGUGCUCAAAGUCACGAGCUUGUACACUUACAGGUACUACCGCAUCGCAUACGCCGGCUUCAGAACAAUGCGUCUGAUCUGCACAGCACCAGGGGACCGAAACAAGGACAUCUAUCUCCUGAGCAUCAUCGCUGCCCUCGCUCGGCGGUUGGUCGACCUUCGCCUCCAUGCGAACUUUGCGAGCAUCACAGUCGUGCUCGGUCGGGGACUGUUGCACGAUGCUCGCGUAGCCGCGCAGUCUCGCCUUGCGCCGGCCGACACAGGUAUCUCCUCAGACUCCAUCCUCGAGUUCGUUGUUGAUGGGGCCGGGCCCCUCGACCCAGCAAACGGGUCAGGGAUCCUCGCAGAUUACUCUGGCUGGUCGAUGGCUGCGCUGCCCAUGUUCCCUGGCCUCAGUGAGGGUAUCUUUGGGAUGUGGGACCCCGAGGCAGAUAACUGGGAUCGAGUGGGGACGGCAGGUUGCAUCUCAACUUGUUCAGCAAUGGCCGACACACUUGCAGACGACCUGACAGUCCCCGGGACGGUAGUCAUCCUGGACCAAGUCGCGGGCGACGACCUCCCCAGUAAGAACUUCACGCUCGUGCCCACGCCCUCAGCAGACCCGAACGACCCGCUCAACUGGUCAAAGGGGCGCAAGUGGCUCUCGCUCCUCUGCCUCAACCUGUGGAUCCUCGCCGUGUUCACCGUCGUCGGGUGCCUGUACCCUAUUUAUGGCCCGCUGAGCGACACGACCGGCCUCUCGCUGGACAACAUCAACGCGGGCGUUGGCUACCUCUACUUCGCCGCGGCGGUGUUUGCCCUCUUCACCCUGCCGCUGCAGAUCGCAAUAGGAUACCGACCUGUAUUCAUUGCCACGUGCCUCGGCGUCUGCAUAUUCCCCUUUGCACUAAGCCAAGUCAAGAACAACGGGCAAUACAUCGGCCUUUGUGUCCUCAAUGCUUUGUUCGUCUCGCCGGUCUUUGUCAGUCCCGAGACGGUCCUUUGUAAUGUAUUCGGUAUGAACGGUCCGACCUACUUUGCUGGUGGCUUCGCCGUCCUGGUCGCCAUCUUCCUCUUCUUCUUCAUGGAGGAGACAAAGUUCCACCGACCAGUCCCAAGCUCUGGCCCGGUCGAAGUGCUCACCUCGGACAACAAGGCCCUGUCUGCGUCCCCAUAUGCACCCGAUACGAAGGAUGCGGCCUUGACGGAGGUGAAGCCGGCCGACACCAAAGAGGUCCCCCCAGCUACGACCGCCGCAACACACUCGGAUGACCGCUACUCAAUACCAUGGCCAGGUAUCCGGCCGUUCCAGCGUUUCGCAGUGUCACCGCACGCGGUCGGCAUUCUCUGGCGCGGUGCCGCUCAAUCAGUUGCACUGCUCCGCCUGCCAAUCGUGCUCUGGUGCGGACUGGUAAUGGGCACUCAGCAAAUCUUCUACAACACAAUGGCGGCCCUCAGCAGCGGAGUCCUCUCGGCCGAACCGUACAACAUGCAGCCGAACGCCGUGGGCCUUACAUUCAUCUCGCCACUCUUGGCUAUCGUCCCUGGUGCCGUUCUCGGAGGGUGGCUGAGCGACCGCCUGACUGUCAUCAUGGCUCGGAGGAACGGCGGUGUAUCCGAGGCGGAGCACAAGCUGUGGCUUUUCAUCGUACCGACCAUUGUCUGUCCCAUUGGCAUCCUGAUGAUGGGCCUCGGCCCCUACUACGGAGCACACUGGAUGGUCUUUGUGAUUGGCGAGUUCUUCCUCACUGUAGCUGGCCCCCUCGCCACUCUGAACGGCAUGACCUACGCGUUCGACUGCUUCCAUCCUAUCCAUCCCAAGGCGAAGGAGGGCCCAACAGCAGAGGUGCAGGCUGCUGCCCCUUACAUCCUCGCCGCGAUGCUCCUCGGCAUGGCAAUGACAUUCUCUUUCAACUACAGCAUCACGGCGUGGGCUUUCAACUGGGGCCUUAGGAACUGGGCAAUCUCGGCCGCGCUUAUCGGCACUGUCGCCAACAGUACUGCAUUCGUCAUGAUUCGUUAUGGAAAGAAACUGAGGAAAGGUGGGGCCGGGUACUACGAGAAGGUUGUCAAUAUUUGA